GCACAGACACGCCCGUGCGAGUUCUUGCUCUCGGUGCCACUGCACUACAUUAGUCCUCCUGACCCUCCCUUCCUUCCUCCUGUACCAGCACAGAACGCCCAUGGUGGCUCUGAGAGGCUGAAGCAAAGGAACUGCUUGAUCAUCAGGCUUCAGACACACAGGAGACACACGCCCACAGUCCUACAAAAAUCAGAGGUGCCCAGAAUUUUCUCACAAGCCUCAGAGCGUGCUGCAGUCACAGCAUCAGUCAGCCAAACUCACAGACCUGAGCAAGGAUGACUUCACCUGGAUGGACAGUCACACUUGUGCUGUUUCGUCUGCUCGGAACAGUUACCUCCUCCCCUGUUUCCACCCGCACACCAUCACCACUCCUUAAAUCUCAGAUGUUCCCUCCAUCCUCCUCUCCUUCCCUACGUUCCCUCCUCAGCACCUCCACUCCUCCCUCAAGCAGCAGCUCUGUAGACUCAGCUGGAAAAAAACGCUGCCCUCUGAAGAUCUCACCCUCUGCACUGGUUGUCAGGUUUGGAGAUCCAGUCACAGCAAACUGCUCUGUACCACCGGUGGGUUUUCCGGUGCUGGGAUGGGAGGUCUCACUGGGAACCCCUAAUGUCUCUAUGGAUCAUUUUGUGGUGUGGAGUGUGGACAGGAUGACUGAGUGGAGCAUCAGGCCGCUGUGCUACAGCCUCUCUGAUCAAGGAGGACAGUGCUCCCUUCAGCUUGACCUCACAGUUUACAAGCUUCCAGACAACGUAUCCAUCAGUUUUGUGAACGACUCGGGGUGGAUGGUGGAGGGUCAGCAGUACGCCCUGCAGUGUACGGUGCAGAAUGUUGCUCCCAUUAAUGACCUCACUGUGACCUUCUACAAAGAACAGGAAGAAUUAGGACAAAUACACUCCAAAAACCGCUUGGAGAAAACACCAGUCAACCAGACCUUCACUCUGAACAUCAACUCCAGCAGAGAAGACGAUGGAGUCCAGUACUGGUGUGAAGCCAAGCUAGAACUGGGACCUGAAGGACCUCUAACAAUGACAUCACAAAAACUCACCGCCACAGUUUACUAUGGGCCACAGUUGCUUUGUCCAACAAAACUACAGGUCAAAGAGGGUGAACGCCUCAGCUGUGAGGCAAAUGGAAACCCUCCACCUGUGGUCACCUGGAUCAGAAACGGGACGGUGGUAGCCCCGCCUGCUCGCUUGCACAGAAAGCAUGCUGGGAAGUAUAUUGUGUCUGCAAAAGGGCCUUUUGGACAGAAAAACCUCACAGUGGAGGUGGAGGUCCUCACUGCUGGAGCUGAAACCAGCACAAACAGAUAUUUUGUGUUUGCCAUCGUGUUUAUUCAGAUGACGAACUUGCUGUAAAACCUUCAAAACAUCUGAAGACAAAAUUUGCUUUUGGUUUUUCUUUUGAUAGACUGUAAUUUUAUAUUUGUGAAUUUUUAUGCACUUAUACAUCAGGAAGCAUAGAACUGUUACACCAGUUU